CAGUCCCUCUCAUCCAUCUUUGGCCGGUGAACUUCAAGCCCUGUUUAUUCCUCACUCUCUUCUCCAUGCAACUAUUCUCUAGGUUCCGCAAAUCAGCUCUAAACUCGGUUCGCACAAUGACCACAAUCGCCGAUAUCCGCCGAGUAUCGGCCAAGUCGCUCUCCGAGAAGAUUCUAGAUGAGCGCGAAGCCAAGGAGACAACCUUUGCCAUCGUCGAUGUCCGAGAUGACGACUACCUCGGCGGCCACAUCAAAGGGUGCACCAACGUGCCCGCCCACACGCUGGACGCCAUGAUGGCCACCCUGGUGCGCAACCUCAAGGACAAGAAGACGGUCGUCUUCCACUGCGCGCUGAGCCAGAUCCGCGGGCCCAGCGCGGCGCUCAAGUACCUGCGCGAGCGGGACGGACUGUUGCGCGCCAUGGGCGAGACACCCAAAGGCGCGGAGGGUCAGGAGGUGCUGGUGUUGGAUGGCGGGUUCCAGGGGUGGCAGGAGGUGUAUGGCACGGAUGAGAGGCUCACGGAGGGUUAUCGCAAGGAGUUGUGGGAGAACUACUAGGCGUCGGGGACUGGUUGGGUCAUGGGUUGUGGGCUGUGGGGAGUUAGGGAUCGAUUCAUCAGGGUCACGGUUUGUGGACAUGUAUGUGAGGAUUACGGUUUGCCGGGUUGGGCAGAAUUUCUGAGCCAUCUGAGUACGGAAUUGUGUCAAACGGGUAUAAAGGAGAAGGUUUCUACCCCAUCAAGGCCGUGCAGUCAAAGUCGUGGAGUAAAGGCAACUUGGAUAUCCAGGUCAGACAGGUCCAAUCCGCCAUAUAUAAACCAAGACCAUCCUGCCCUUGUUAAAUAAAUUUUUCCACCC